UUCCGAGGGACGAAGCUCUACGAUCACAGUGGCUGGCAAAGAUCUCACGAGUGGAUCUGGUCGUUUCGAAAAACUCCAGGCUGUGCUCAGAACAUUUUACAACUGACUGCUACGAACGAGGCUUGAAAGCAGAAAUUCUUGGUUUGAAACCCAGAUCUACGCUAAAACCAGGUGCAAUACCCACGGUUUUUUCGCAUCGGAGACCAUCAAAAAGACCUCGACUUUCAUCGGAGAAACGUUCAGAAGAGAAAGUCAGAAAAGAAUAUAUAGCCUCUGUAACUGCACAACCUAGUUGUGGAAUCGAAGAACAUGCAGCUUCAGCUUUAGAACAGCCUGCACCUGUUGAUGUAGUGAAUUGUGGAGCAAGUACAUCAACAGACAGCCCAUCAUAUCCAUUCCCACAUGAUCUAGGGCCUAAAAGCACGUUGAUUGAGUCACAAGCAGUGCAGGUGAAUUUGCCAAACAAGGGUGUGGAUUUUGGGAUCCAAGUCAAUCUUCGUGGUCUCCAUUUAAUGAUGAAAUCUACUGACACCCAAGUCGAGGUUGAUGUUUCAGAAAGCAGCACCCGGACUGAAGAGGUAUUCCUUCCUGAAAUUGAAGAUAACAAGGAAGAAGCAACUGAAGCUGCUGCUUCCCCAGAAGUCUCUCCAAGAAAAGAUGGCAUCUACCUUCCCACAAAACAAGAAGAUUCAGAUGAUUCGAACUUGUCAGGAUCAGAUAACGAACACCAAGGGGAAACAAAAUGGGAAAAGCCACAGGAUGAUACCAAAUACAUUGUAUUUAAACAAGAGCUAUUUAAAUUGUUUAAGUACUGUCCUGAGUGUGGUGCAGUUGUGAUUAAGAGGAACCAAUCCACACAAGGAAGCCAACUAUUUGUCACCCUAGAAUGUAUGAAUAAUCAUAAGUACUCCUGGCAAAGCCAGCCAAUGCUUGAGGGGAUGGCAGCUGGAAAUUUGUUGCUGUCAUCAUCUAUUUUGCUCAGUGGCUCUACCUUUACAAAAGUAGCAUCUUUGGCAGAUAUCUUAAAUUUGAAAAUUUUCAGCAACUAACACUAAGUUGUCAUACUGCCAAUUUAGAGGUCUACCAUAGUGUGCAGACCAAAUAUGCACCCAAACGGCAGCACUUCUCUUAUAAUGGCAUGGUUGCUCGA